CUUCUCCACAGGACUCGAUCCCCCAACGGAAGCGCCACCGGCGCCGUCGCCUGCCGCCAUGCUCCGCCUGCGAAGCUGCGUCCUCACCCAUCUCCUCUCUUCUCACCCCGCCGCCUCCCCUCUCCACCGACUACACUCAGCGGCUGCCUCCCCAAGCUCCGCGUUCGCCGUCGAGCAGUACCUCGUCGACACCUGCGGCCUUACCCGAGCGCAAGCCCUCAAGGCCUCCACAAAGCUCUCCCACCUCAAGUCCCCCACCAAUCCCGACGCUGUCCUUGCCUACCUCGCCGGCCUCGGCCUCUCCAGCGCUGACAUCGCCGCCCUCGUCGACAAGGAUCCCGAGUUCCUCUGCGCCGGCGUGGAAAGAAACCUGGCACCCACCGUUGUCCAGCUCACCGGCCUCGGUCUGUCCCAUUCCCAGAUUGCCUGCCUCGUCUCGCUCGCCCCCGCCAAAAUCCGCCGCAGAUCCGUCGUUUCCAGGACGCACUACUACCUCUCCUUCUUCGGCUCCUCCGAGAGCUUCCUCCAGGCGAUCAAGCGCUGCCCUCGUCUCCUCUCGGCCGACCUUGAGAAUCCAGUGAAGCCCAAUGUCGCCUUUCUGCAGGGGUGCGGGCUAGGUGCUUGCGAUAUUUCCAACACGUGUCUCGCCAGGCCGAGCAUGCUCCUCACCAACCCGGAGCGUCUCAAGGCGAUGGUGGCCAAUGCGGAAAGUCUAGGUGUGCCACGUGGCUCUGGAAUGUUCAGGCUCCUGCUGCGUGGUGGCGGGCUUCCCGAGCAGCGCAGAAUGGAGAAUUUGAAGAACACCUUCAGGUGGUCGGAUGCUGAGCUCAUCACUGCCGUGUCCAAGAAUCCGAUGGUGCUCAAGAGGUCUAAGGAGACGCUGGAGAGCAGCUCAAAGUUGCUCAUCUCUGAGAUCGGGUUGGAACCGGCAUACAUUGCUCGUCGGCCGGCAAUGCUCAAUUACAGCCUGGAGGGCCGGGUCAGACCCCGGUACCACGUUUUGAAGUUUCUUAAGGGAAACGGAUUGCUAGAUCGUGACCGGGACUACUAUUCUGCAUUCAAGGUGACCGAGAAGGUAUUCGUGGACAAGUACAUAUGCCCUCACAAUGAAGUUGCGCCGCACCUUGUUGAAGACUAUGCCGCCGCUUGCAGAGGGCAAGUGCCAACGAAUUUCAGAUUUGCUUGAACCAAGGACAGGCUACGAGAAUUGGUUUUAAGCACACACAUUGGAUCUAAGAAAUUGUGAGACCAGACCAUUCUCCAACACAUUAAAUUUUCUACCUUCAGUUUAGUGCAUUGAGACAAUAAGCCAAGUGUCUAUGGCAAGAAUAAGCGUUGGUGUACAGACAAAUCCUUCAGUUUCUGAUCGAGUACUUGAAGGACUCAGAUGGAUCAGUUGUUGGUGAUCGGCAAGCUGAUUGGUCCGUACCUCUGCCACCACUUCUAGUUCCCAUUUCCACCAGUCAGUUUCUCCCUUUCUUUGACCAUAUUUGGUAGUACUAUUAUGAGAUAUCUUUUUCUACACCAUGGGGAAGAAUUAGGAAAUAAGUGUUGUAUGGCUGUAGCUACUGAUUACCUUUUUUAGUCUGGUUAUAGUUUUCUAUAA